GGUUUUUUCUCUAUCCACAGAUCUAUUUCCAGGAUCUAUCUUGUCAUAAGCCAGAGCUUAAGCUGUCAAGCACAUCAUGCUCCCCGAUUAUUGAUCCACAUAUUUCUCCAGACGGAAGUAAGCUAGCAUUUGUGAGGGAUGAAGAGGUGCAUGUUUUGAAUUUGCUGUACGGAGAACCAAAACAGUUAACAUUUGGUGCCAAGGGAAAUUCCUUGACUCAUGGUCUUGCUGAAUAUAUAGCUCAGGAAGAGAUGGAUAGGAAAAAUGGCUACUGGUGGUCACCAGAUAGCAAAUGGAUUGCAUUUACAGAGGUUGAUUCAUCUGAGAUACCACUUUUUAGAAUCAUGCAUCAAGGUAAAAACUCUGUUGGUUCAGAUGCGCAAGAAGACCAUGCUUAUCCCUUUGCGGGAACAUUAAAUGUCAGGGUUCGGCUUGGAGUGGUUCCUGCAUCUGGGGGUUCUGUUACUUGGAUGGACCUUCUGUGUGGAGGAGAGGACCAGGCAAACAUAGAUGAAGAGUAUCUCGCCCGAGUCAAUUGGAUGCCUGGAAACAUUCUCACUGCUCAGGUUUUGAACAGGUCACACACAAAAUUAAAGAUCCUUAAGUUUGAUAUUAAGACAGGCCAAAGAAAGAUUAUAUUGGUGGAAGAACAAGAUCCAUGGGUUAAUCUACAUGAAUGCUUUACUCCUCUGGACAAGGAAGUUGAUAGAUUAUCUGGCGGAUUUAUUUGGGCUAGUGAUAAAACAGGGUUUAGGCAUCUUUAUCUUCAUGACACCGAUGGGGCUUGCUUGGGACCUAUCACGGAGGGUGACUGGAUGGUUGAGCAAAUUGCUGGCGUGAAUGAGGCUGCAGGGCUUGUAUAUUUCACUGGAACUGUGGACGGACCUUUGGAAUCUAACUUAUACUGUACAAGCCUGUUUCCUGAUUGGAGCCAUCCCUUGCAGGCCCCGCAAAGGUUGACUUAUGGAAAGGGAAGACAUGUGGUUGUGCUUGAUCAUCAGAUGCAGAGGUUUGUUGAUGUUCAUGACUCUCUGAAUACUCCACCUAGGGUAUUGCUUUGUUCAUUGCAUGAUGGAAGCUUAAUAAUGCCUCUAUAUGAGCAGUCAUCUACCGUUCGAUCUAAACGGCUUCAACUUCUGCCUCCAGAGAUAUUCCAGAUUCCAGCCAAUGAUGGGUCUAUAUUAUAUGGGGCUUUAUACAGGCCUGAUGAAAAAAGAUUUGGACCUCCACCAUACAAAACAUUGAUCAGUGUGUAUGGUGGGCCAACUGUUCAGCUCGUCUGUGACUCAUGGAUGAAUACAGUAGACAUGAGAGCUCAGUAUUUGCGUAGCAAGGGUAUCUUAGUAUGUAAGUUGGAUAACAGAGGAACAUCUAGACGAGGAUUGAAGUUUGAGAGUGCCCUCAAGUAUAGCAUUGGCCGCAUCGAUGCCGAAGAUCAGGUCACAGGGGCUGAAUGGCUCAUAAGAAAGGGGCUAGCGAAAGCAGGCCGGAUUGGGCUAUAUGGGUGGAGCUACGGAGGGUACCUCUCAGCUAUGGCCAUGGCUAGAUUUCCUGACACUUUUAGGUGUGCAGUAUCAGGUGCUCCUGUUACAGCUUGGGAUGGUUACGAUACUUUUUAUACUGAGAAGUACAUGGGAUUGCCUUCUGAGAAUCCUGCAGGGUACGAGUAUAGCUCAGUGAUGCACCAUGUACACAAGAUCAAAGGGAGGUUGUUACUUGUUCAUGGCAUGAUCGAUGAAAAUGUGCAUUUCCGACACACGGCAAGGCUUAUAAAUGCAUUUGUAGCAGCUGGAAAGCCUUACGAGCUUCUUAUUUUUCCGGAUGAGCGGCACAUGCCACGCCAACUGAGGGACCGAAUUUACAUGGAGGAGAGGAUCUGGGAGUUUAUUGAGAAGAAUCUGUGAAUUGUUGGUUUCACCUUUGCUGUAUUUUUCCUUCUUUUGCACUCUCAAAUUUAUUUACCAUGCUGCUCUUGUAUGUA